AUGGCGUACUACUGGCUUGUCAUAGCCUGCUCUUGGUUCGGCAGUGUUAGUCUACAAUACAUAAACACCGGUGGUCCAGCAGCUGAGGGUCUUCUAGACCCUUUGGACUCUACAAUUCAUUAUGCACCUAUCCCGUAUGUCAAUUAUUUAAACCUACCUUUACAAAAUGAAUUCGAUUAUCCAAACGAAACGCCUAACAUAGAUUUGAAUAAUCAAUUUUAUCAAAGUAAUGAUAAUCAAUUGGUCGAUUUGAAAAGAAAUCGGCGGACAGUUAAUGAUGGUCAAAAUGAUGAAACACGCGAGAGACGCUGGCAACCGAAUCUAAUCGAUUUAGACAAAACGACAUACUUAGGUAACGAUGAAAAAUAUGAAAAUCCGUUCGUUAUCCAAAAUUUUUCAAAUAAUAUGGAAGAAAAUGGAACAGAUUUUAAUUUAGUGAACGAGUUGGAGAAAAGAAACUUUAGCCCUUGGGGUGGGAAGAGAGACAAGGGGAAUAUUGAGAAUAUGUGGACUUGGAAACGUGCGUUGAACAUUCGAGAACCUAGCAUGCCUAAACGUGUUCGUUUCAGCCCCUGGGGUGGCAAGCGAGGUGGACAAAUGAUCUACAAGCCAGGUUCUAAAGGAUCCAAACUAAUUUUCUCAACUUCAGUACCUGAACUGACACGUAUAGUAACUAACUAUUCCCCUACCAGUGAAAGAUUUGACUUUAGAGGGUUCCAAUUCGUACCAACAUUAGACAAACGUCAUCCAAUCAAGAUCUUAGCCCUCAGUACUAAAGUCGAUGAACGUACGCUCCGAGAAGCUUUACCGUAUAAAACCUUUAUGGAAAAUAUUCCAAAGCUCUUCAAGCCUGGACACACGUAUUCUGAUGUAGCUUUAAAAACUGACGGUAAGAGAAAAGUGAAGUUUAGCGCAUGGGGAGGCAAGCGGUCACCACCAAUCAUUGGGCCAAUUUGGACCCCGGCACCACAGAAUCUUAAAGAAUCGACAUUAAAUGCUAUUCUCUUAAUUCGAAACAAUCCAGAUGCAGAACAUUUGAUAACUAAACAACUAUAA